UUCUGCAAGCUAACCCAACCUGUUCGUCUCUUAUACAAUAUAGCUAGUACCCCUAAAUAUGGGCUCCUUCAAAUCAAUCUCCAUUUCAAUUUUUUGUCUUGCUUCCCUUUUCUUCCGCUAUUCUGGUGCAACUACAUUUGAAAUCAUUAACAAUUGUCCCUUCACAGUCUGGGCCGCCGCUACGCGCGGUGGUGGCAUGCAGCUUGACAAUGGCCAAGCUUGGGCCAUCUUCCCUGGUGCAGGCUCUAAACAGGGCCGAAUUUGGGCUCGAACAGGUUGCAUCUUUGACAGUUCCGGCAGUGGUAGGUGUCAAACAGGAGACUGCAAUGGGCUACUCCAGUGUCAAGCUCAAACCUAUGGUGAACCACCCAACACCCUAGCUGAAUUCGCCAUCAACCAAUUCAACAACUUGGACUACUUCGAUAUAUCCCUUGUUGAUGGAUUUAAUGUGCCAAUGGAAUUUAGUCCCAUCUCCGGUGGGUGCUCCCGUGGAAUUCGUUGCACUGCUGACAUCAAUGGCCAGUGUCCGAGUGCGUUGAAGGCACCAGGCGGCUGUGACAAUCCAUGCACGGUAUUCAAGACCAACCAAUACUGUUGCACCUCUGCAGGUAGCUGUGGCCCGACAACCUAUUCUAAGUUUUUUAAGGACAUGUGCCCCGAUGCAUAUAGUAACCCUCUAGGUGAUCAGACUAGCACAUUUACUUGUCCCACAGGAACUAAUUAUCGAGUGGUCUUUUGUCCUCAGAGAAAUGAAAUCCCUAUAUAAGAAUUCAACGUGGUUGCCAUCAAGUGCAAAUGCUGUAUGAUCUCUCUCUUCCAUUAGAAGUAACAUCUUUCGCGUUUGAAAAGGAAUAACAAUUUAGUCAUCAUCUAAUAUUUCGUGCUGAAUUGGGAAAGACUUUCCAUUCAAAACAGUCUGUCAAUUUUCUUAAAUCUUUGAUUUGAAUAUUUCUAAUGAAUUACAAUCGAUUCUUGAACUA